AUUUGAAGGUCGGACUGCGUGCUAAAAGGAUAAGCAAGGAGAGCACUACUAUUGAAAAUGAAGAAUUUGAAUGUCUUUUACUUUUGUAUUUUACUUAUUGCGAUUGCAGUUUCAAGUGCAUCAGGCAUCAAAUGUUACUCUUGCCUAGGAUGCAACGACCCUUUUGAUGACAGUAAUGCUAGAACAGACACCUGCGCUGGAUCCUGUCUAAAAACAAAGACGGAUGGAACUGUAAUUAGAGUUUGCUCACCAAUUAGCCUUGGAGACGAAUGUGAUAGCAAAGGCGGAACUGAAGCGUGUUCGUGUACGAACGAUCUGUGUAACAGUGCGUCAGGAAUGAGCUUUUCCCAUGUCGUCCUCUGUCUUUCCCUUUUCACUAUGUUUCUGUGGGUGAAAUAAUGGAAACGAAAACGGAUAUGUGCAUUAUUUAAGACUUUGUAGGUCAUUUCAAAUUUUCAGUUAGAAGUAUUAUACAAAAUGUUUAGGACGUUUAUUUCAUUUUUAUUUGAAGGAAGUUCAGUCUAUAUUCAAUUCUUAGUAUGAUUGUACUGUUACUUGUACACAUAUAUAUCUCUUCAGUCAAUAUUCAUUUCUUAGUAUGAUUGUACUGUUACAUAUAUAUCCACUCUUCUGUAUUAAAAAUAUACCAGUGUCA